CGCUGCUUGUCUGCUCCCAAAUGGCCACCACGAGAACACCUCUGGAGGAUUUCCUGCGGCCUCUAAGUGUCGAUAUUCCCAAGAUCCAUAGUCUUGCCGGGAGUCUUUAUACCACCUUCACCAGACUUGCGGCCGAGGCCCAAGACCAGUUUCUCUCUACGCCGGUCUCCGAUUCUGUCCUCAGACCGGCGGGAGAUGCCCAGGGCAGGUACCUUGCAAUCGACAUUGGAGGUACGAACCUACGAGUCGGUUUCAUUGAGCUAUUAGGCCCUGAUGCGUCCCUAUCGAGAGACUCAGACCCUUUUGGCAAUGGCCAAGAUGGGGGAAAGUCACGUGUCAGAAGGCUUUUGGAGAAGUCCUGGCCGAUUGGAGAGCUGCUGAAGAAGAAUAAUGCUGAGGACCUCUUUGCGUGGAUUGGUAAAUGUGUGACAGAGGUAGUCCAAGAUGGAUGUGAAGCAUGGCCUGGAGAAUUGCCAAAUCCGGUACCUAUGGGCGUCACCUUUUCCUUUCCCAUGAUUCAACAUACAUUAGCAGAUGCUACUGUUAUGCUAAUGGGGAAAGGCUUUUCUGCUUCUUCAAAUUUCGAUCUUGCCCAACAACUUCUGACUGGGUAUGAGAGUUCCAGGCCGGCGGAUCUGCCAGGAAUUAAGAUAGUUGCCAUAUGCAACGACUCCUCAGCUACCCUCGUCUCCUUUGCGUACCAGCAGAAGAGCAAUCCGAGAAAGAAGGCUGCCAUGGGACUUAUUGUAGGCACAGGUUGUAAUGCCACGAUCCCGUUAGCUCUCAGCAAACUACAUCCAAGUAAGAGACCGGCGCAAGUCAAAGUCCUGGACGACAGCGAGGCAGUACCGGAUCUGAAGAUCACUGUCAACACGGAAUGGACCAUCAAGGGCGCAGCGGCACCACUCCAUGACCUGCAAUUUGUGACCCACUGGGACAAAAUCCUAGAUGCUGAAGGCGAAGCUCCCGGUUUCCAGCCCUUCGAAUACAUGACCGCAGGACGGUAUCUAGGAGAACUCGGCCGGCUCAUCGCCCUAGACUACUUCACCAACCACCUCAGAAUUCCCGAAACCUCUCUCCCACAAAAGCUUCGAGAACGGCAUGGCUUAACCACAACAUUUCUAGGAAACCUCGGCCCUCCUCUCUCUCAGCACCAAUCUUCAAUACUAGAGCAAUUAGACACUGAAUUACCCCCAAACCCCAACCCCGAUUCUUGGAAGUGGACUCCAGAAGCCGCCGAUAUUCUAUUCCGCAUCGCUAGAGCCGUCCAAGUCCGAGCUGCCGGCAUGACAGCUGCAGCCAUCAUCGGUCUCCUGGCCUGCGCCGACGAAAUAUCUUUCUCCCCCAACCCAAACCCAACGGCCACGCUCACCAAUGGCGAUGCUCCGUCGACAGCCCGGCUCAAGACAGAUGUGGACGAGCUGAUGGUGGGGUACACAGGCGGCUGCAUCGUACAUUUCCAGGAUUACCUUAAGGAUUGCCAGGGUUUCUUGGACGCCAUCAUGCGGAGGGAAUUCGGGGAUUCUCUGGUACCGAGAGUCGUGCUGCAGCCGUGUCAUGAUGGCGGCAUUAUUGGCGCGGGGAUUUUGGCGGGUACGGUGCAGAGCCUUGGGCAUAAUGCCUGAAGAUAUAGAGCGGAUCUUGCAUUUAUUCAUUUAAGAUAGGGCCUGGUCUUUUCAAUUCAGGGGUUUUGGGGUACCACCCUUUGGGUACGGUUCAUGAUGGAUGAUUAUGUUGAGAAUACGAGACGAGUAAGCGCGAAGGAAACAAGGCUCAACCCUCCAAAUAGAUGCAUUCUCGGAGAACUCCUUCUGGAUCAUUAUCGUACAUGCCCAAGAUUAUUAUAUUUCAAUGAUACCCGUUUGUCCCAUUGCUCAACCCUGUAAGCUCCUCCUUUCUUGCCCUGUACAAGUCUUGCGCCUCUCGCUCUCUCCUGCUCACAAAUUCAACU